CGUUGAGCGAAGUACGCCAGUCAGCCUGUACGCGCCUUCUACAGAACCGUGUGUGUUCGUUGUCUAACCUUCCAACCAAGUCUUCUUCUUGCGUUUGCGUCGUUGUUGCGCCAUUGAUUCCUCGUGAACCCGUGCUCCGUGUGAUUUCCGUGUGCUACGUCGUUACUAAACGGAUACUUAAAGUUAUUAAAUAAUUGUGUACGGCAAAAGUGUGUUGUUCGCUUUGUGAUCGACGCGAAGACAGAGAGCCCAUUUGUCUAAUCAGUGUUUAACCGAUGAUUGAUGAGCACGCAAUCACGUGUUCGGUGAAAGUAUAAUCGUCGAUUUAGUUGAGGGCAGUUGUUUGGGAAAACUUAAGUGAGCCAUCAGCGCUAGAAGUGUUCCAAGUGGGUGCUGAGUGACGUUAGCUCAGUCGAAAAUUUUAUGUAAUACCCGGUGUUUGUUAAAGUUGCAAAAAUUUCGACCUACAGAAUGCCGACGCUUCAACCGCGGAUAGGAUUUAGUAUUGACUCUAUAGUGGGGAACAGUACCCCGAAGUCUCCGCCGCAUGCGAUGACUAAGGUUGAGGGACCCCAGCGGUCUCCAAGCCCCCAGUCAUACUCGGUGCGGUUAAACAGACUUCAAAGUCUAUCACCACCCCACAACUACAGCAUAACUAGGCUCCCGGAAUCUCCUCAGAGUAUUGAAUCGCAGACCCGUUUGGAACCUCACCAUACGACCAGUCCAGCCUUGCAAGCGCGAUUGACACCUGAUGAGCACCAUACAGCGAAACGACCCCGAAGCCAUUCACCACCUUCCUCGCCCACUGGGCCGACGAUGCCUUCGAUGGCAGGACCUGGCCCCAUUGUUGUCCCUGGCCUUCCCGCCGGACUGAUACGACCGUUUCCGGUUAGUCCACCGCAGCAGCCACCGUCGCAGAAUCCCGACAUCAAAACCCUGCCACCGUUCAUCCACACUCCCGAAAUGGUUCAAGCCGCCCACAACCAACACUUCCUGGCGGCCCAAUUCCAAGCCGCGGCCCUAGCACAUGCGCAAGCUGGACAACCAUUCCCGCCGCAUCCGGCCGCCGCUCAUCUACACAAUCCUAAUCUUCCACCGCGGGACAGCUAUCCUCUGUACCCCUGGCUGCUGAGUCGACAUGGCCGUGGAGUGUUCCCGAUCGGAUUCCCUGGCAACUACCUCAUCCCGUUCCGUAAAUCCAAACGGGUCCGGACUGCCUUUUCUCCUUCGCAACUGCUGAAAUUGGAGCACGCCUUCGAGAGCAAUCACUACGUGGUGGGCGCCGAACGUAAACAGCUGGCCCAAAACCUCAACCUAUCGGAAACUCAGGUCAAGGUGUGGUUCCAGAACCGCCGCACCAAGCACAAGCGCAUGCAACAGGAGGAGGGCAAACCGGGCGAGCCGAGCGACAAGAACCGCUCCACGUCCAGCCCGAUAUCCGGCGGAAGCUGCCCGGACGAGGAGGAAGACGACGAGGACGAGUUCAUCGAUAUGGAUGACUGUCCGAGCGACGAGGAGAACAUGUACCACAACGCGUGAACUUCCUCCGCACCGUCCGUCCGUCGGGAUCGGAAGGGUCAACACCUGCCAACUAGCUUGUAGUAGCAGAACAACCUAGCGAUAGUUUACAGUGUAAAACUAAAAGCUGUGCCAAAUCGGAGAACCUUAUCGGAUUUUUAAGCUUCCGUUCCGUAGAAGAAAGGGAAUAGCAGCCGCUGCCAUCUGCCGGAUAAAGUUUAAAACAGUAUAAACAGAGAGGGCAUUCAGGAGCCGCGCAAUUAUACCAGUGAUUGUUUUUAGCUGUUAGGACUUGUUUUGUCGAUUUAUAAAUAUUAUACCUUGAUAGUGAGACCACCAGAGACAGAGAUUUUAUUUUAUUGCAUAGUUUUAGAGAGGCAGUGCGCGACUUGGAAACAAUUUUUCCAUCUAGAAUCGGCAUCUAAAGAAAACAAAAACAAAAACCGGUAGAAAAUUCCACAAAAGACAGUCGAACAAAGCGAAACCAUGUGCAUGUGUGAAUGUAUGUAUAGAUAGGAAAUCUGUAUUAAAUGUGUAUAUAAUGAGGUGUACUUAAUAGCUAUAUAAUAACAGGAGGCUUAAAUUGACUGUAAUUUAAUUUCCAUUUUUGCUCAUUUCGUUCAACAACGAUCUGGUAUUCCUUUUUCGCAACUCCCCGAAUGAAAGGUGUGCACAGGAAGAAAUGUCGAGCGUAGAAGCCGCAGUAUGGCUGGAUCAGAAUCGUUCCUCUCUAAAGGGAAAAACCAAGACGACCAAGUCGUUAAGAAGGAAUCGCACAUCACCGGACAGGAAAUAGUGGUUAUUGGAGAUGGCGAUCGGUCGUCGGAUUUUUCUUUUUUUUCUCUACAUUAUUUCGAACAACUCGCGCGGAAAGAUCACACAGAUCACGUUGAUGAUGAUGGAUGUAGAUUUAAGUUGAUCGUGUAAGUGGCGAGUAGUAAUGAUGUAUAAAUGGAUAUCGUUUGUAAAGCAAUUACUAAAAUCUGAUUUCGAUAUCGGGUUGAAACAAAGGCAAACUAAACUACUUCAAAUUACUAUAGUAAACAAUAAAGUAAAAUAGCAGUAUUAAAAUGAACACUAAA